AGAAGAAGAAGAAGGAAAAGAGAGGGGAGAGCUUUUUUCAGAUUUCUAUCUUCUCCGGGAACGCGGCGGCGGUAGAGCUGGUGGAUGGCUGAAUCUGGGCUAGAGGAAUGAAUAUCACCGGCGGCAAUACUGACCUCCCUGCGAUCGCAUCUCCCCAAUAUCCAGAUUCGGAUCUCCUGCAGAGGCGUCCCAGCACUCGCAAACUCUCUCGACGGAAAAUCAGGAGCUCCGGCGCCGGAGUGCGGUUGCGGAAGGAUAUCAGUGGAACUCCUUCUGGGAGGAGGAGUAGGCCCCAUACUCCGCUGCUGCGGUGGAAGUUCGAUGAGGAUGUGGAGGUCAGUAAUGGUUGCGGUGCAGAAGAGGAGUGCGUGGGUCGGAAAUGCCAUCUGAAAACUAGAGCUCCGUUCUCUGCACGAAAGCUUGCUGCCGGAAUCUGGCGGCUGCAGUUGCCCGCAGUGCCUGCCGACGGGGAAAAUUUAGGGUUUCAGGGAGGAGUUGGUCAUGCCGGGACUCCCUUUUAUAGUCAUCGUCACAGUAAAACUCAAGAUUCUCAAGUUUCGGAAUCAUUAGAGAGUCCUCGUUCUGUUUCUGGCCCAAGAAAUGGAACAUUUCGAAAGGUUGAACCGUCAUUUCACUUUCCCAACACGGCAACAAUGGAGGGAGCCACAAAGUGGGACCCCAUCCACUGGAAUGCAGCCGAAGGAGGAACCAAACAUAUUCAUGGUCACCAACAAAAAGCACACACUUCCAGUAUGGUAUCUGUUCUGGAGGAAGAGCUGGAUCAAGCACGGGCCCGCAUACAGGAGCUCGAGACAGAGCAGCAGUCCUACAAGAAGAAAAUUGAGCAGUUCUUGAAGAAAGUCAGCGAAGAACGGGCUCUCUGGCGAAGUAGAGAGCACGAGAAGAUCAGAACAAUCUUGGAAGACCUGAAAGUUGAGCUGGCCAGAGAAAGAAAAACCCGGCAAAGGGCUGAAAUGGUCAAUGCAAAACUGGUCAAUGAGCUAGCUGAUGCAAAGGUAACUGCAAAACGGUACAUGCAAGAGUACGAAAAGGAAAGAAAGACAAGAGAGUUGAUAGAGGAAGUGUGUGAUGAAUUAGCCAAAGAGAUUGGAGAAGAUAAAGCUGAAGUGGAAGUUUUAAAAAGAGAAUCUGCAAAGCUUCGCGACGAAGUUGACGAAGAGAGAAGAAUGUUACAAAUGGCCGAGGUCUGGCGCGAGGAACGCGUUCAGAUGAAGCUGAUUGAUGCAAAGGUGACACUGGAAGAGAAGUAUUCCCAGAUGAACAGACUAAUUGCAGAUUUAGAGUCACUCUUAUGCUCUAAAGGCAUAAAUAACCCAGACAUGGAUGAGAUCAAGAAAUUCGCCGCUGCUGUUAAUGUUCACAACAUUCAAGAAUUCACAUACGAGCCGCCUAACCCGGAUGACAUUUUCUCCAUUUUUGAAGACCAUAUGGUUACAGAAGAAAACAACUCACAGAGACACCACCACCACCACCACCACACGAAAGCCUACACGAACCAGAGCGACGGUUAUGGAGGAGAAGAUGGAGGGAGUGAGUGGGAAACAGUGAGCAACGUGUCAAGAAGUGGGGCCGGAUCCACACCAGCGACCGAUAUCAGCGAAGUUUGUUCCACGCCAGCGCACCCAAUGAAGAAAGGAUCGUCUAUGUCUAGGAGGAGGUGUCCUAAUGGGGGGAGGCACGCAAACGGAAGUAUGAUCAUGAUGUCACCCAACAGAGAAUGGAGUAGAGAGGACGAUGUCAGCGCCACCAACUCAGGGGACUCGGGUAAUCAUCACAUAAACAGAGGUAUGAAAGGGUGCAUCGAGUGGCCGCGGAACUCAACACAGAAGAACAGCUUGAAGUCUAAGCUGUUGGAGGCAAAAAUGGAGAGCCAGAAGAUACAGCUACGCCAUGUACUGAAGCAGAAGAUUUAGAGAGCCCGAAGCAUGUAUUAAUUUUUUCCCCCCUUUUCUUUUUCCUUUUUUCUUCUGCUCAUUUAAACUACUACGGGAAUCACUUAUUUAUGUAUCCCAUGAAUGCACAUUUUUAAUGGUUCAUGAAGUAUAAAUAACGGAGUAUUUU